UAAAAGUGACUUGAAAUACACUGUAGAUGUUGCAAGAUUGUUAGGAAUAGUUAUGUGUGUGUGGCCAAAUGAUUUUCAAAAAUCCUCCAUAGGAGCAAUUAUAAAAUUCAUUGUCAAUAUUAGUGCAGGUUUUCUUAUGUCAUGUGUCGUAAUUUCAAAUAUUUUGUGUAUAGCCUAUAAAGCAGAGAGCAAUGAAGAAAAAUUUGAUAUUAUGGGCCCGACAUUUUUUUACGGAAUGUCUACCUUGAAGUAUUUCUUAUUUCUAUAUCGCGCUGAGGCAUUAAAAAAGAGUUUCGAACACUUAGAGGAGGACUGGAUGUAUGUUGAUACUAAAGAAAGGGAGAUUAUGCUAAAAAAUGCUAAAUUCGGAAGAAUCAUGUCAAUUUAUUUUGCUAUUUUUUUAUACUCCGGUGGUGCUGGGCAUCACUUUAUCAAACCUUUCUUAUCUGACAGUAUUUUAACGGAAAUGAAUAUUAGUGUUAAACCUUUUCCAUCUCCUGUGUAUGGUGGAAUUUUUAAUACUGGUUAUAGUCCUCUUUAUGAAUUUACAUUUGCAGCUGUAAUUAUUGCUGACAUGUUUAUUAUUUCUAUGGCGCCUUUAACAUUUAAUAUUACAGCAAUUUUGUUGAUUCACGCAUGUGGACAGUUUGAAAUUAUUAAUCUUAAUCUCCACGAUGUUGUUAGUGGAUUGAGUAAAAAGGAAAGUACUGCACAGGAAAGACUUGUUGCUAUUAUAAAAUCUCAUAUUCGGCAUUUCACAAUAAAAAAGUACUACCAGACAAUUAACAAUUUUUUUGCUUUCAGUUACGUUUCUUAUUUAGAUAAGGUGUUUUGUGAAAUAUUUCUUGUCGAAAUAUUGGGAUGUGCCAUCAAUUUGAGUCUUUUGGGUUAUUUCUCAGUGACGAAUUGGAAGGCAGGAAAUCUUGGUAACUUCAUAAAUUUCGCAAUUCUUCUGAAUGUUUUUAUUUUCAACAUUUUUAUAUAUGCAUAUUUUGGAGAACUUCUUACAAUUCAAGCGGAAAAAGUUGGAAAUACUGGAUAUAUGAUAGAAUGGCAUAAACUGCCAAGAAAUAUUUCUUUGGAAUUGUCCUUUUUCAUUCAAGUUUGUCAAUUUCCAAUCAGAGUCACAGCUGGAAAAGUCGUUUUUCUGUCUAUGACAACGUUUACCGCAAUAAUUAAAUCAGCCGCAGCCUAUUUAAAUAUUAUAUGGAAAAUGUAA